CGAUCAGCCAAUCGGAGCGUGUGGCCCUCCUGGCUGACGCGGCGGGAUCCAGCGUGCUUUGACGGUGGGCUUCCGCGGGUUCUCGAUAACGGAUAGCGAUGCUAAAGGCUAAGAUUCUCUUCGUGGGGCCCUGCGAGAGUGGCAAAACAGUGUUGGCCAACUUUCUGACUGAAUCUUCAGACAUCACCGAAUACAACCCAACCCAAGGUGUGAGGAUCCUAGAGUUUGAGAACCCACAUGUCACCAGCAACAACAAAGGCACGGGCUGUGAAUUUGAGCUCUGGGACUGCGGUGGCGACUCGAAAUUUGAGUCCUGCUGGCCAGCCCUGAUGAAGGAUGCCCAUGGAGUGGUGAUUGUCUUCAAUGCUGACAUCCCAAGCCACCUAAAGGAAAUUGAAAUGUGGUAUUCCUGCUUUGUACAGCAGCAGUUCCUCCAAGACAGUCACUGCAUGCUCGUGGCUCACCACAAACCAGGCUCUGGAGGUGACAAGGGCAGCCUGGCUUUGUCUCCCCCCUUGAACAAGCUGAAGCUGGUGCACUCGAACCUGGAGGAAGACCCUGAGGAGGUCCGGGUGGAAUUCAUCAAGUAUUUAAAAAGCAUCAUCAACUCCAUGUCGGAGAGCAGAGACCGCGAGGAGAUGCUCAUCAUCACCUAGUGGCCCUGUGCCUGUGCCUCCCAGACGAUGCUGACUUCCCCAGGCAGAGCUGACACCCCGCCUAGCUGCUGACACGCCCUUCUCCCUGUGGCUAUAGACAUGUUCCUUAUGUGCUAGAAGGGACCAGUAAGAGUCAGGCAUGGUGGCACAGACCUAUGAUCCCAGCUCUUGGGAGGCUGAGGUAAGAGGGCUGAGAAUUCAAGGCCAGCCUGAGCUACAGGUGAAGCCCUUAUCACAGCCCCUCUCCAGAAACAAGAAACUGCCCCGCCUCUCUGUCUCGGCUGUCUACACCAUAAACACAUCCUUCCAGCAACCUUCUUGGUGCUGUUUUCAGGUUGAGCUGUUUGUUGGUGGUUAAGGGAAUGAAAUGGCCGGGAGCAGAGAGAUGAUGUGAUCUCUGAUGCUAGAACCCAGCUAGAGCUGCUGCUUCCGGACUUGACAGCAGUGCUGUGCACUAUGGAGAAAUCAACAGCAGGGACCAGUGAGAUGGCUCAGCCUUACAGCCUUACAGCCUUACAGCCUGAGUUCAAUCCCCAGAUCCCACUUAAAGGUGGAAGGAGAGCUCCUCCCCCACCACACACACACACACACACACACACACACACACACACACAACACAAUCGCACUAUAUGGAACUUUAAAAAGGAAUGGGCUGGAAAAACGGGUCAGUGGUUAGGAGCACUUGUUGCUCGUGCUGAGGACCUGAGUUCGGAUCCCACAUUGGGCAGCUAUGCCUGUAACUCUAGCUCUAGCUCCAGAACAUCCAGCCCUUUUCUGGUCCCUACGGGCACACACACACACAGCAUAUACUCUCUCACACACACACUCACACACACACAGCAUACACUCUCUCUCACACACACUCACACAGACUGUGUUAGCUACUUUUCCACCGCUGUGAUAACACACCAUGACCAAGGCAACUCUAAGAGUUUAUGUGGGCUUCAGGUUCCAGAGAGAUAGUAGUUCAUCAAGACAGGGAGGCGUGGCAUCAGGGACAGGAAACAGAGGAUCAUAUCGAACUGCAGACACACGUCAGAGAGAGCAGGCAGUGAGUGGCCCCCAAACCCACCUCUAGAGACAUGUUCCUCAAGCAAGGCCACACCCUCUAGAACUCCCAAACAGUGCCACCAACUGGGAGGCAAGUAUUCAAAUGCCCAAGGCUAUGAGGGACAUCUCUUUCAAACCGCCACACAAACACAAAUAUACACAAAUAAGUCUUUUUGUUUUUUAAGGGAGGGGCUCAGCAAAGGACUGGGCCAGUUAUGUGGCUCCACAGUAGAGCAUGUGCUUGAGUCCCCCGCAAGGGACUGGGGGUGCGGUUUAGAAAUGGAUCACUAGUUUAGCCUGUAGGAGACCUUCAGCUCCAUUUCUAGAACUGAGAAGAAAAAAUCAACAAUACAAAGGGUCUUUUUAAAGAAAUACAAGGUGUUAGGGAGAUGGUUCAGUUGGUAGAGCGCUUGACUUGCAAGCAUGAGGACCCAAGUUCAAUCCCCCAAACCAGUGUAAAAGUGCUGGGCAUUGUGCCAUGUCCUGGGGAGCCAGAGACACAGAUCCCGAGCACUGCUGGCCGGCUAACCUAUACUGUUUUGUGAGUUUCAAGCCCAUGAGAGACCCCGCCUCAAAUAUAAGGUGUAGGCUGGUGAGACAGCUGAGUGAUCAAUCCACUUGCCACACGAGCAGGUGGUGAGGACUGGAUUUAGAGUCUCAGAACUCAUAAAAAGUCAAGCAAGUGUGACUGCUUGCUGUAAUCCCAGUACAGGAGAAGCAAAGACAGAACCCCCAGGGCAAAUUGGCUGACUGGACAAGCUGGAAUCAGUCAACUCUGGGUUCAGCUCAAGACGCCGACUUAGUAAAGUGGAUCAAGGAAGAUAUCUGUCAUCACCUUUGGCCUCUGAAGACGAACGCUCUCUCUCGCUCUCUCUCUCUCUCUCUCUCUCUCUCUCUCUCUCACACACACACACACACACACACACACAGAGAGAGAGAGAGAGAGAGAGAGAGAGAGAGAGAGAGACGGAGACAUGCACACAGAAAAGUAGAUGUGCCUGAAGGACUGAUCACCAAGGCUGUGCCCUGGACUUCACACCCAUGUGUGCACAUAUGCAUCAUACAAAGGAAACUGGUUAUCUUGGCACAUGCUUGUCAUCACAGCUGGCAGGAAGUAGAAGCAGAAGAGUCAGGACUUCAAGGCUAACCUGGGCUACAUGAGACUCUGGAUCAUUUCUAAACAGCAAGCAGAAACCGUGUGCAAGAGAUCACUGGUGAAAGUGUGACAGGCUGACAGGACUGGGUCCCGGCGUUCACUGCGGUCACCAUUCUGGGUAACUUGAAGGAACAUUGCUAAUGUCGACAAGAAAAGGCUGGUGAGAUGGCCCAGCAGGUGAUGGCGUGUGCUGCCAAGCCUGGUGUCCCGAAUUUGAUCUGCAGAACCCAUGCGGUGGCAGAAAAGAGCCUGCGAACUGUCCUCUGACCUCCACACGCACACCCCACAGCAUGCUCACAAGUGUGCUCAGGCACACACACGGUCACAGAAAAUAAAAAAUAAAGUAUGAUUCUUGCCUCGA